AUGGCAGCAUGGAUUAUAAAAGUUGCCUUGAUGGCAAUGAGUAUCUUAAUCGAAACGACUGAAGGGAAAAAAGACAAGGUGCUGUAUUGUUCAGGUAAAUUGGGAUGUUUAUCUGUCCACUUAGUCCUUUUCUACCUAUUAGAUAUGGGGUUUUCAGGAUGUACAUGAAAUGCAGUACUUGUUUAUAGCCAAUGCAGAGUAUAGAUUUGCAUAGUGAACAAGUAUUGUCAUAAAAUAUAAACUUUUGUGAAAGUUGCCUCAAUCAAACGAAUGUCUUGUAAUCUCGUUUCAUAUCAUUUGACCUGCCAAGGCAGCAUUUUCCUAUUCUAGAUUUGAUGGUUUUCUUGAUUAUCAACCGUUUAGUUUUUUACCUUUGCUAAACACAAUUUUCCCGUACAAUUCUGGACAAUCAUUUUAUUUGUAAAACUAUUUUGAAGUGUUUUUUGUGCAGUUUGAAAAUAUUUAUGUUGAAUUUCAAAAGGGUACGAAGGACAGAGACAAAUUACAAUGUUCUUUAUCUAAAAAUAAAAAAGGAGCACUAUGGAAAACUUUCAUAAUUGAACUUUUUCAGCUAUUACAUAGUUUUUUAAUAAUUUUGUUUUACAAAGCCAAAUUAAACUUGGUGAAAGGCAGCUCAUCAUAUUGCCAUUUUCUUUCUUUGAACUCUACAGCGACACCAACACUACAGUCUUACCAAACCUUGGAGUCAUCCUUGCAUGACCAUGUAACACUUGUCAAGCUACCAAUGCAAACUCUCAGCACAGUACGCCAUUAGUGUAGCCUACUGUGCAUCAUAGCAUCAAUGACAUUUUAUGAGCUGUUAGAAGCCCUCCAGGCAUACAGUCUGACAUCUGGCAUGAAAAUACUGUACAAUUUUCAGUGAAGCAUUACCCCCAUUUUGUAGGUCUGAUUUAAAAAAAACACAACGACCAAAGACUCCAUUUGGAAUUAAAGAGUGGCUGGAUGCUAUCUAACGUAUAAUUCUCAGGGUUAAUAGGUUAAUUUACUUUGGUGUUGAUAUAAUUUAUAUACAUUUUAUUUGGACCUUGUAAAAAGAUGAGGCUUUACACUUUUUGUAUGGCAGUUUUCAUAUAUACUCAUUGAAUUGAGCUUUGCUUGAUCGUAACACUUAAUAAUUGUAAUGGUCUUGAAAAAAUGUAAUGGAUAGCUGAAUCGAGAGUGUGGAAUGUGGACAUAUGAGGUGAUUUCAGUAUACAAAAUAGUAUUGCAUGGCUCUAGUCAUGUUUUUGCAUUUCCUUUGAUGCUUAUGUGAGUAUUAAGACUUUUGUUAAAUGUAAAAGUAACAUUUUAGUAAAAAAAUGUUUUCAUGUUAUCAUAUUUUGAUCUAUAUACUGUUGUCUUAUCAACAGUUCUGUAAACAUAAUUCCUUAUUUUAUUUUGUUUUAUAGUGUACACCCUGUAGUAUCUCAAUAUUGCUGUCAUUCUGUUAAUCAUCAGUCUGUCAAGCUUAUUUCAUUUUAACUAAUUUUAUUGCAGUUUUACUUUUCUUUACCUAUGGGCAUACUAUGGAUCUAUAUAUCCCUAACCUAUAUUGUACUAACCUAAUAUCUGUUUCUUUUAGCAUGCAGGGCUAUUGUUGAUGAGCUCAAUUAUUCAAUCAGUCAGAUUGAUCCAAAGAAGACCAUCCAUGUGGGAGCCUUCAAACUCAACCCUGAUGGGAGCCUGACUGAUAGAAAGGUAGCUACCUCAGUAAAAGCUUGUUUCCAAAGUGCACUCCACUGAAGUGAAACAUCUCAUGGUACACAUACGGCUAUUGAUUGAACUUCCUGGAAAUAUAAUAUUUUCUGAAUUUAGAGAUGGGAUAGAUGCAUAUUUAUACUUAAAAUACUUGACAAAACAUAGGCUAGGACUAGUGGUUUUAAAGUAGUUCCUGGUUUCCUGUAGCCUCGCAAGCAACCUGAUCUCGUGAGCUUACAUGAAUGUUCGCUGCGCAUCGGUAAUCAGUCUGGUAAGUACGAGGCUCGAUUUCCUGGAUCUCGUACCUUGAGAAAUGGAAUUGAGUGUAUUGUGAAAUAUCCCGGCAGAAGAAAAUAAGAAAAGUAAGAUCAGGAUGUAAUAUAAUUUCAGUUUGUGUCGUUGUAAGCAUUGGUAACUGCUUUAUUACAGUGUUUCACCUACAUUUCCUAAAUCAGAAGCUUGCUUAUUGGUUAAUUCUCUGGAACGUAGGGGAAAUUCAAACAACUGUAUUUUCCUCUUUUCCUAACCAAGCAUUGUUGUAAUGUGAAGAGGUCAGGCCUUGUAGUGUUCGUGACAUAUCCCUAGUGUCCAGGGACUGUCAUUAGCUGGUCAGCUCACCUAUUGAUCUCAGGGGUUAAUCCCUUUUUGGUGGUAAUUGAUAUCUAAUAACGUGGUGUUUAUUUAGCUAGGCUGAUUUAUGUUUUCAUCUCCCCCGUAGCCAUUUCAAGUUAACUUUCAAGUAAAAGGGAUUAUGAUAUUUUCUAAUAUGACAACUCCAGUUCUCUCAUUCCAUAUUGGUUUGAAUGUAAUCAAACAUUCCAUAGGCAAGGUAUUAAACAUUUGAGUUGUCUUGAUCUUCUCUUGACACAUGAGAAUAAUUUUGGACAUCAGAUUGUCUCAUUCCUUCCUGUUCAUUAUGCUCAAUCUAUGGAUCAGCUGUGUAUGUCAUAUUCACAGACUCUCAUUAAGUGUUUUCUAAAAGAGGAUUAGUUUGAAAAUAAAUGCUAAUUACAGUUCCUAUACCCCUGUGAGUCUUGUUCAUAUUCCAUUCCUUUUGCCCUCAAGUUGUGGGGGUGUGCCUCAGCAUUACCCCUGUUGUUGUUAGUAGAGAGAGAGUAAUAAUAAUAAUAAUAUAAUAUGCCAUUUAGCAGACGCUUUUAUCCAAAGCGACUUACAGUCAUGCGUGCAUACAUUUUUUUUUGUGUAUGGGUGGUCCCGGGGAUCGAACCCACUACCUUGGCGUUACAAGCGCCGUGCUCUACCAGCUGAGCUACAGAGGACCACAGAGAGCGUAUGAAUGCAAUGAUAUAGCUCAACGAUAAUUACUGAAUCAAAAUGAAUUUUCGCAAGAGAAGAGUUAAGUAUUGACUUAAGUCGUUUGGUAUUACUGUGCUCUGAACAGUAAGCACACUGACCUUUUAAGGGGCAAUCAGCAGUUGCUACAUCCAUUUUUGGACUUAUAAAUUAAUGAUAUGUACCCAUUUUGAUUCUUGAAAAAUAUAACAUAAAAAUGCCUCAUGAGCUUAGUUGAACUGGCGUAACUUAUCAGAACCCCAAAUAAAAGCUUGUUUUACUCCAAUGUUUAGAAACAAAGUAAAUUUAAACACACUUUAUCCUCAACAUGGUUAACUAUAAUUUUGAUAUCAUGGAUGGUCAGGUCGUGCAUCCAUAGCUUUGUCUAUGAAUUUGAGUGAUUACAUUUCUCCAGCCCCAUCCCUCAGCUUUUUACUUAAACAGAGGCGGGGAAAACACUUUGUUAUUGUUUCAAUUGCUGAUUGGCCGUUUAAGUGAAACGGCCAACAGACAGUGAUGGCUGAUCAACUUCUGUACCAACUACCCUAUGGAAGUGUAGGCCUACCUGUUGCACUAAUCAAUGGCUUGUUUUGACUUCUGAGCAUAAAUCCAAGAAACCCUCCCCCACCCCACCGGCAUUUGACCCUGUCUGAAUCAAGGAGGGAGGGGUGUCCAAGCUUAGAUUCCAUCAUAGGAGAUUAGCUGGUCUUAAAUCUCCUUUGCUCUCCAGCAACCAGUGGGGCUCCCUGAAGGCAAGGUUCACACCACAAUGUUAAAACUACAACAAUGAAUCAUUAAGCCAAAGACAUUGAACUUAAUAAGUUGAUGGAAGUUAUUGUCUUACCUUUUUCUGUAAAUAUAUAGAGUUUUUAUUAAAUGUAUUCAUUCUCAAUGAAUAGCUUUUAAUGAUUCUGGUUGGACCAUGGAAAAACAUUGCUGUCACUCUUAAUUAAAUUACAUUUCUAGAUUGUCAUGAUAAAGGUAUGCUACCGUUCAAAAGUUUGGGAUCACUUAGAAAUGUCCUUGUUUUCGAAAGAAAAGCAAUUUUUUUGUUCAUUAAAAUAACAUCAAAUUGAUCAGAAAUACAGUGUAGACAUUGUUAAUGUUGUAAAUGGCUAUUGUAGCUGGAAAUGGCUGAUAAAAAAAAAAAAAAGGAAUAUCUACAGUGGGGAGAACAAGUAUUUGAUACACUGCUGAUUUUGCAGGUUUUCCUACUUACAAAGCAUGUAGAGGUCUGUAAUUUUUAUCAUAGGUACACCUCCCCUCAAUAUGGUGCAGUCGUCCUGUCCCCUUUGCAGAAAAGCAUCCCCAAAGAAUGAUGUUUCCACCUCCAUGCUUCACGGUUGGGAUGGUGUUCUUGGGGUUGUACGCAUCCUUCUUCUUCCUCCAAACACGCCGAGUGGAGUUUAGACCAAAAAGCUCUAUUUUUGUCUCAUUAGACCACAUGACCUCCCAUUCCUCCUCUGGAUCAUCCAGAUGGUCAUUGGCAAACUUCAGACAGGCCUGGACAUGCGCUGGCUUGAGCAGGGGGACCUUGUGUGCGCUGCAGGAUUUUAAUCCAUGACGGCGUAGUGUGUUACUAAUGGUUUUCUUUGAGACUGUGGUCCCAGCUCUCUUCAGGUCAUUGACCAGGUCCUGCCGUGUAGUUCUGGGCUGAUCCCUCACCUUCCUCAUGAUCAUUGAUGCCCCACGAGGUGAGAUCUUGCAUGGAGCCCCAGACCGAGGGUGAUUGACCGUCAUCUUGAACUUCUUCCAUUUUCUAAUAAUUGCGCCAACAGUUGUUGCCUUCUCACCAAGCUGCUUGCCUAUUGACCUGUAGCCCAUCCCAGCCUUGUGCAGGUCUACAAUUGUAUCCCUCAUGUCCUUACACAGGGAGUAGUACACAGCGUUGUACGAGAUCUUCAGUUUCUUGGCAAUUUCUCGCAUGGAAUAGCCUUCAUUUCUCAGAACAAGAAUAGACUGAUGAGUUUCAGAAGAAAGUUAUUUGUUUCUGGACAUUUUGAUCCUGUAAUUGAACCCACAAUUGCUGAUGCUCCAGAUACUCAACUAGUCUAAAGAAGGCCAGUUUUAUUGCUUCUUUAAUCAGCACAACAGUUUUCAGCUGUGCUAACAUAAUUGCAAAAGGGUUUUCUAAUGAUCAAUUAGCCUUUUAAAAUGAUAAACUUGGAUUAGCAAACACAAUGUGCCAUUGGAACACAGGACUGAUGGUUGCUGAUAAUGGGCCUCUGUACACCUAUGUAGAUAUUCCAUAAAAAAAUCAGCCGUUUCCAGCUACAAUAGCCAUUUACAACAUUUAACAAUGUCUACACUGUAUUUCUGAUCAAUUGGAUGUUAUUUUAAUGGACAAAAAAAUUGCUUUUCUUUUGAAAACAAGGACAUUUCUAAGUGACCCCAAACUUUUGAACGGUAGUGUACAUACUGUGGCAAUCGCUUUUCUGAAGACUAUAGUAACAUUACACAUUGUUGUAAAUAGUGGCAUUUAAUAGGUUCUAGUUUUUAUUUAUUUGUGUUUUCAUUGGUCCCUAUUAUUCUCACAAGAAAUUGAAAGCCCCUUUCCUCAGUGUUACGAUAAUGGAUGUUUUUCCAAUGGGAAUUCAAUGGAGAAUAGCAUCCCUGAGAAGCCUUUUCUCUGCCAGGCCUGCCUAGUCCCCUCCUCAUUCUUCAGGAAAUAUGUGAUUGACGGGUCCCUUUCAAACCCCUCAGACUGGUAAGGAAGGAAUUUAAUUCCACAACAUUUUCAGGAUUGCUUGAUAAGGAUUCUGCUUGAGGUUGGGCUUUUUAAUGCUGGACGUUUUGUUCUAUUUUUAUUUUUUUAUAUAUAUUUUUUUACAUUUAAGGUAGAUGUUUCUUACCAACUAAGUCAAGAUCUCGUCAUACAUGUUCAUAAAAUAGACCAAUGGUGUAAAAAAAAUAUAUAUAUAUAUAUAUAUAUAGAAAUUAAGAAUAGCAAAAUUGCAUGUUUGCAUUUUUGGACAAAUAAUUGCUGUAAUGGUUGAAUGCAGUGCACAUUUGAUAUUCCACUUUGUUUGUUUUUUGUUUUGCAAUAACUUAUUAGUUAACAGUUCAACGUUAAUGUUGAAGUCGUCAAACCUUUGUUUUCUUUGAUAGACCAUCCUCAAUGUUAACUAUUUAUCUCUCUGUACAUUCAAUUAGCUUCCUGCCCCUUACAUUGAAAAAGGAGAGAAAUAUGUGGCAGGGUUCAGGCAGUUCCCUGAGACCUUUUUAUCUUUUUUGUGAGCAGAUGGCGGUGAGCCACGGAAGCCCCUUUGUGUCACUAAGAGUCAGAUAUAAAAAAGGAGGAGGGGGAAAUGCUUCUGUAAUGUAAUCAGUGGGUCCGGAAGGGUCCAUACUGAGGCUGAAAGGGGACAAUAGGGUCAGGGAUAUAUCUACAUUGCACAAAAUCCAGUUCAUCGGCAAUAUGCCCCCCUUCCCCUUGCCCAGCAUCUUUUGACCAGGAUUGACAAGGAGAACUUCCUGCUUUGAUCAUUGGAGGGUGGAGGAGAUGAACCACCAAAAGAGACCAAAGGAUGAGACUGAACUGUUUACCCUGCACUUGGCUGCUGUUUAGGCCUCCCCCUGCUCCUUAACUCAGCCCCCCUCCCCGGCCCUUUCACUGCUCCCAGUCACCCUUUCCCCUCUCUCCUUCCGGGGAGGCCAUGGGGGCGGGAGCAUAGUGCACCUUGACCUGUCUAGACACUAUUGCAUGUUUUGUCCUGUUUCCAAGGGGAAGGGGUAUACUUCUACAGGUUAAAAGUCAUAGUUCCAUCAUAGGGGAAGUAAGGGUUGUUUGUGUGAUAGGAAUAGUAGUUAGGGGUCACCAACAUGACCCAGACGGAUCCUAAGCAACGUCAUAGAACUGGACUCAAUUAAGUUUAAUUUAUAUAAAACCUGAUUUAUUUAUUUUUUCCUUCUACUUUUGUGUCUUUUUAUCCACCAGGUCCCUCUUGCUAGAUCUGAGACCAACUUGAGUGAGCUUCUGGAUGGAGUUUGUGGUAGCAUGAGUGACUAUGCUCUUCAUGUGGACCCAGACACCAAGAAAAAGCAAUACAAAAGAUUUGCUCCAAGAAGUUCUGAUGCCGGGGAUUUUCCUGAUUUUAAUAAUUUCAAGUUUGAUGGCCCAGAGGGAUCCAAUGCCCUAAAAUUUGCGGUUAGUUUGGCAAUAAUUGAUUAAUUUACUCACAUAUUAAUGUAUAUAUAUUUUUUUUCAGUUAUGCUAUAGGUCAUGCUUUCAUACUUCAACAUUCAGAUUAGUAUGUGAAGUAGCUAAGUUAUUUCCUAUGUUCUGCAUGUCCAUAUACUUAAAGUCUUUCAAAAGUGAAUAGAGAUAUUGGUUGCAGAGGGAAACUGCUUCUUAUGUUGAAGCUUCACCUCGGUUAACCCAAUUUAAUUUUGAAAGCACAGAAUUCAAUGUAAUGCCUUGGUUGUUGAUAUCACAGCUAUUAUUAUCUGAAAAUCCAGUUACAUUCUUGAUAAUUGUGGCCGUAACUUUAAACCGUACAUUGAUAUAGUUUUUCCACUUUACUUAUGACCUUUUUUGUUAAGGUAUAUUGCAUGCACCAUAGUCUGUAAUAUAGAAAGACACAAUUGAAAUGAGAACAAGAAAUCUGGAAAUAUGUGUAUUAGAGCUUGCAUUUUUAAUUGUCAUUAUUAUAAUUAUAUAUAUUUUUACAGUUAUUACAGUGUAACAUUCAGUGUUGAAGUUUUUCAGUCUGCAUACGUGCCAGGGCUGUACAUUAUUUUAACCCAAAAUGCAGACGAUAACGUAUUUUCCUUUGUUCCUUUACAAUUAUCUUGAGGUCUUGCAUGUAAAUUUGCACAUAUUUAAGAUCAAGUUAGGCACCACAUGCAAGAAAUCUUAUGAUGCGCAAAGAUGCGUGUGUGGAAUCGCCACCUUGGAAUCGUGUUGCCUAUCUAUGUUACAUGAGUCAUCCAAGAUGGCUGAACAGCAUGGCGAGAGGACAAAUGGCAGUCUCACUCACUGCCGUGCCCAUUAUUGUGUGAAACUACAUGCUUGUGAACCUCUCAUGUGCGGAGGACCUGGUGGUGCGGUCUGUUGUGUGGUAACCUAUCCCCUGUCUUCUGUUACAGUGUGAAAGCAUUGUGGAGGAAUUUGAAGAUGAUAUCAUCUCUCUUUUUGCCAAAGAGACAGACCAUGUGGUUGACAAGUUAUGCAAUGAAGUAUCAGGUACGGUUUCAGACAUUUUGUUGUUUCUCACUGACCAGGCCUCCUGUUUUCCCCUUACUGCAUAGAUACUAACUAGAACUAUGUUAUUACUCACAUCAUUACCCAAAUGUAUAACACCAUUGGGUUUUGAUAAGCUUUUUUAUAUGAAUUUAUUUAAAUGACUUGCAGUGAUUAUUUGUUCAUAAAAUAGUAUCUGUAUCUUUGUAAAGGAUAGAGUACAGAUGCCAUGCAAAUACUCAAUUUGGUUAUCGUAACAUUUUAAUAUCGCAGUUUUUUUAUGGCGCUACCCCAAACAUGUUUAGAUGAGUACCGUGUGUACCUACCAGGGAAUACAAACAUGUUUAGAUGAGUACCGUGUGUACCUACCAGGGAAUACAAACAUGUUUAGAUGAGUACCGUGUGUACCUACCAGGGAAUACAAACAUGUUUAGAUGAGUACCGUGUGUACCUACCAGGGAAUACAAACAUGUUUAGAUGAGUACCGUGUGUACCUACCAGGGAAUACAAACAUGACCACUUUUGUUUAUUAUGCAUCCUAAAACAGAAUAUGAAAAUGGAUACAUCCAGACAACUACCAUUUAUUACAGCUCUAUUUGUAGUGUCAUGAUUUCCCCCUUACGUAACUGUCGUCUUUGAUCCGCCAUUUUGUUUCAACCCUGUUAAGUGAGGGUUCUGAAACAGAGCAGCGUAACAGGCAAAGUACUAUUUCUGAGCAGAAGACAGGAUAUUUUUAACAGUUUGUUUUUUAACCGGUAUAGAGUCUCGGAGGAUGAUGUUGUGGACUUGUAUGACACUGAUACUCUAUUAGAUUAGCAAAAUAGUAAUUUUUGUUAAACAAGAUCGGUCGUAGGCCGAUAGUUUGAAUGUGCUAUGGAAGUAUGAGUUAUUUAGAAUUUCUGAAUAGAAACCACCGCUCCUAUCUCGUAUGUUUGUCAAUAUGAUGUAAUUUGUUUUUCUGCAAGUGUCAUUGUAGUAAAUUGUGUGUCACUUACUGGAUGUCUGCAAAUAUUGAUAGUUAUUUUCAGCAGGCCAUCUGAGAAGAUGGCGGACUAAUUUUUGUCAAUAUUUCAUUUUCAGAUCACUGUAAAGGCACCAAAUUCCAGAGUGACGAACUAUAGUUUUACAUGCGUCUCUGCUGCGGGUGAUCGGACCAGUUUAGAGAUAUAUUUCAAAUGAAGAUAUAAUGCUUAAAGGAUAUUGUAUCAAUGAAGUUGCAUUCUUUUAAAUAAAGUUUUCUAUUUUGAAUUGAGAUGCUGGAAUAAUGAUACACGGAAUUGUAUCAUGAGAUAGAAAGUCAGGUGUGUUUCUUUAGGUAGUCCUAGUAGGCCUAACUUCCAGCUUGAUGCUGUGUCAUGCAGGAGGAAGAAGUGGCACUUAAAAUAAUGAUAAGAUGGGUGUAAAAAAUAAAAAGCAAAGUUUGAAUGUGCUGUACUCAGCUUUGAGAGACUGAGGAGGCAGCCAUGUCAAAAAUGAUGGCGUGGCGUCCUACAGACAAUGUCAAGAUGAGCUGGAUCAGCAAUGUUGCCUCUUUUUGCUUUCACCUUCAUCAGCUGAUCAGUUUAAGAGUUGUUUGUAAUGUCAUAGAAUUCCAAAUGUGUUGAUUAUACAGACCUGUUCUUGGUCCAGAAUUCAACCGUUGUAGAUAGUUGAUUUCCGCAUGGCAGGUUGCAUUUGAUUGCACCGUGUAUCCUGGAGGAGGGAGUUGAUUCUUGAUUUUGAAAUGAGCAAUCCCCUUACGUCCCGUCAUCUCCAUUUUAAACCUUUAUGUGCUCUGAAAUAUGGGGAAGUAUGUCAAAUGUUAUGACAAUUUAUCCAACUAUUUUUCAACAAUACCCCUGUUGAUUGAUCUUAUUUUUAGAUGUAUUUUUUUGUAUUUCUUUGUUUGAACUAUACGUUUGAUGUUAUGACCCAUUUUUAAGGAUAUAGAUCAGAAUAGACCUGGGACGAUAAACCGAAAAUUAUCGACACCGACCAUACAAUCACUUAUCGCAGGCAUUUUGCUGAUUUAUCAUUCAUUACGAUAAGUAGCCUAUACUAGAGAAAUGUGAAGUUU